CUGCCAGUUGCGGCGCCCGCCCUUCUUCCCUUCGGUGCUGCCCGGGAGUCAUCCGCUCUGCUCCGAGUCUCCUAAUUGUUGCUUCAGCUUCUUUCAGGCACCUCCUCUGCCCUCCGUCCAUUUUGAAGUCUGAGAUGGUGGGCGGUGAAGCGCCCCAGCAGUGAGAUAGUGGAAAUAACCCUCUCGGCCAUUCCGUACGUGGAGGAAAAUAUUGAUCGUGAAGAUCUUAGGGUCUGUUGUUCCCAUCGCUCUGAGAGGCCUGAAGAGAGGAGCAAACCGCCCAGGAUCCCUGCAGGUGACGGAGUGGGCAGCAUGGACAGGGACCCAGAAGGGACAGGAGAAGGAGGGGAAAUCCUGACAUGGAAGAACUUUACAGUGAAAAUGAAGGAAUACCUUCCAACCAAGAAAAGAGGGAAAAUGAAGAAGAGCCACAGGAUGAGGAAAAGCAAGAAGGAGCCUGUCCUUUCAAAGACAAGGAAAUGUUAGAAAAUGAGGAAAUGACUGCGGAUAAGGAAAUGCUGAAGGAUAUGGAAAAGCCAGAGGGUGAGAGACUGGCUAAAGAGGAAGGAAAACCAGAAAGCAAGAGAAAGCCACAGGAGGAAGGAAAGCCAGAGAGUGAAACAAGAGCUGCAGGAAAGCGCCCAGCUGAGGAUGACAUACCCAGGAAAGCCAAAAGAAAAACCAACAAGGGGCUGGCUCAUUACCUUAAAGAGUAUAAGGAGUCCAUACAUGAUAUGAAUUUCAGCAAUGAGGAUAUGAUAAGAGAAUUUGACAAUAUGGCUAAAGUAGAGGAUGACAUGAGAAAAACCAGACAGAAAUUAGGGAGGCUUUUGUGGAUGCAAAGAAAUUUAGAAGACCCAUUCUACCCAAGGGGCCCAAGGGAAUUCAGGGGUGGCUGCAGGGCCCCACGGAGGGACCUUGAAGACAUUCCUUAUGUGUAGUAUUCCUCUUGGACAUUUGCCAGGUCUUGGGCUUUAACCUUUUACGAAUACUUUGCUUUAGGCCCUUUGACCCAACUGCAACAAUCUAUGUGUCAGUAGUAGACUUUCAUUGACUGCAUGGAAAAAUGUUCAUAGUUCCUUUGUAAAAUUAAAAUAACUUGCAGAACCAUAUAUAUGGCAUUGACCCACUUAUGUAAAUCUAAAAAGAUAUUUACCUAGUAAACUAUGUAGAGAAAGCAACUUUAAAGUUGUAUUCACUAAAAGCGGUUAUUUGUGGUGAUUUUAUGUUCUUUUUUUGUUCAUCUGUCCACUGUCUCCUAAAACAGAUUCCUAUUGUCAUAAAAUAAUAAAAGAUAAGCAGGGAAAUAAUACACAACUUAUCAAAAACUGUCCAGUAAACUUAUAAAUGCAAUGGAGACAUUAAAAUUCUGUCAUCAGGAUGUAAAAUGAUAGAUAAAAUUUGUAUUACUCUGGGGACUCCAUUCUGGAGCAAUCUAACAGUUAAUACAUAUCCCUUGCUGUAAAGGACUGCAUUGUCAUCUGUGAAAUGGAAAUAAAACUUGUC